CGCUGGCGCGCGCUCCCAGCCCAGCCUCUCCCCUCAGGCCGGCCGGGCGGCGGCGGCGGUGGUGUCGGCGCCAUGGGCUGCCUCUUCUCCCGCCGCAGGAAGCCGGCCCAGGGUGACCAGCAGCAGCAGGCGGCGGACGGCGAGGAGAAGGCGCCGCAGUACAGCUGGGACCAACGAGCUAAGGUUGACCCCAAAGAUUACACUUUUUCCGGCCUUAAAGAUGAAACUGUUGGUCGACUGCCUGGAAAAGUGGCAGGGCAACAAUUUGUCAUUCAGGACUGUGAGAACUGUGGUAUCUACAUAUUUGACCACUCUGCUACAAUCACUAUUGAUGACUGUGUGAACUGCCAAAUCUUUUUAGGACCCGUAAAAGGCAGUGUGUUUUUCCGUGACUGCAAAGACUGCAAAUGUGUGGUGGCCUGCCAACAAUUUCGCACUAGGGACUGCAGAAAGCUGGAGGUGUUCUUGUGCUGUGCCACCCAGCCCAUUAUUGAGUCCUCCACAGGUAUGAAAUUUGGAUGUUUCCAGUACUAUUAUCCUGAGCUUGCUUUACAAUUCAAAGAUGCUGGAUUGAGUAUCUUCAAUAACACAUGGAGCAAUGUCCAUGACUUUACCCCUGUGUCAGGAGAAAAUAAUUGGAGCCUUUUGCCUGAGAAUGCUGUCGUCCAAGAUUAUGUUCCUCUGCCCAGCUCUGAGGAGUUCAAAGCUGUCAGAAUUUCUACUGAUGCUACAAAGAGCAUAAUACCAGUAACUCGGGGGCGGAGACAGAAAUGCAGUGAUGAAUCGUGUUUGGCUGUGUUUUUUGCUGGUGACUACACAACUGCAAAUGCUAGGAAGUUAAUUGAUGAGAUGACUGUUAAAGGCUUUCAACUGGUACAGACUAAAGAACUCUCAAUGAAGACAGAGGAUGCUCACAGAGUUUUCCAGCAGUGUGCGUCGGAAUUCAUUCCACUGCUUGAAAAAGGUCCAGUGGUUGCUUUGGAGUUCAAUGGAGAUGGGGCUGUGGAAGGAUGUCGAAGCACUAUAAAUGAUGUUUUUAGUGAGACCAAGGUUUUUGUAUCAGAGAGCAAGGCAUCAGCGUCUCAAGACGUAGACAAUUUCUACAACUUUGCUGACAUGCAGAUGGGAAUGUGAAGUUUAACAUGAAGGUGUUCGUGGAUGGUUUGUCUUGGCACUUUGAAGUCACUUAGUUUGAAUGUUGCAGUAGUAUCUUGAGUUCCGACAUUUAGUUUUGUAUUUGUCAUCUAUCCCUUUCAUAAGGCUAUUGGUGGCUUCAAUACCAUGUUACCUGAAUGGAAGAGGAUGGUAUAGCUCCCCAUGUGCGUUGUGUUUGAAGCUCGGAUAUAAACUCCAGAAACAAUGGAUGUUUACUACUAACUAUUUACAGUUUAACUAUUUCAAGACACUUGAAUAUUUCUUGUCAACAUCUACAUAUUUGAAAAGUGAAAUGCUCAUCCAAAUUUGAUGCAGUAUUGAUUGUUAUCUUUAACUCCGAUGCAUUGUUUAGAAAGUGCAUUUAUGUCAAACUUGGUGUUUAAAAUUUUCACAGGUGCAAAUUUGUCUUCAUUGGAGGCCAAAGAAGAAGCUGUAGUCAUCAACUUUUUCUUGAAAAUCUAGUCUGAAAUGAAUUCUCCUUAUAGCAUGCUUUCAGAAGCAGUGCAUGACUUAUUCUGGCUUAUUCUGCUUCAGCAUCUUCUUUGAAAAAAGUAGUUUGCAGCAGCAUUUCUGCUGAGAGUCAUUCCAGCAUUCUGGUAAGUGAGCACUUGCCAGGCUCCUCUGCUGAAUUCUGAUUGAGGUGAAUUCUGAGCAGGAAUACUCUGCUGAAGAUGCUCUAAGGUUCAUUCAGAGUCUCUGGCAAUACAACUGCCUCUGAUAUUUCCACGUCAUAUAUGGGAUAUACACGAGGUUCCCUUAGACUUGGAACAACAAGCCUCUAUCACCAUUGGUGUUUGCUAGAAGGGACAUAGGGCAAUCAGGAGACAGAGAUAGUCUCUAAUGGCAUUAAAAAAAAGCUCUUCCUUGCUAGACCCCAAGAAAAGGCUUUUACAUCCAGUAGUAGUACUGCAAAUUUGACUGUACAGUACUACAUACUCCUGUAGGGUUUAUUUUGGGUUAAUUCUAAAAACUGACUGAAGAAGUGCUACUAGUGUUUUGGGAGAUGCAUUUGAAUAAUGAUCAGGAAGGAUGCUUAUUGCUAUAUAAUGCAUAUUAGAGUGCAAAUCUAUAUGUAUAUGAAAUACAAGCUUUAUUUCUUUUUGCAUAUUACAUUACAUCCUUUCUAAUUUUUCUACAUGGACUUAAAGCUUAUGUCCAGGUUUACAAGCCCUCUGUAAUACUUGAACAGAUUGUGAGUGCAGAUGCACAACCUCAGAUUUCUUAAUUAAAAUUGUGGCUUGCCAGUUUAUGUAGCCUUUACAAUCCAUUUCAUGGACUGAGGCUGUGUUGAGGUGCUAAUGCAAUAAUUUGCUUAUUAUGGUCGUCUGUCAAAAGGGAAGAUCUUGUGCAUGUUAACUGAAAAUGAGUCUCAACUCAUCAGUUUCACAGCUCUGGAGCUCCAAAAGUAGGUGGCUAAAACCACAUCUCUUUCUGAUUUUUUUUUUUUUUUUUUUUUUUUAGAAUUAGUACACAAAAGAACCUGUUUUCCUGAAAUGCAUAAUUCUGUCAUGCCCAAGAGGUGUUCUGAGAUGCCAUUUUGUUGCUAUUAGGCAAAUGUUUGCCCUUAGUUUAAUCUAUAUAUCAAGAAUAUAUCCUUAGCACCUUUUGUUAUUCAUAGAUUAAAUGAGAAUAUCUCCUGAAGUCACCAAACCAUCUGUGUACUGAAGGUAAGAAAAAUGUCACUUUUGUGUAAUGUUUUUAUUCAAUAAAGUGAAAUAAAACCAAACUGCCAUCAGAUUCUGACUGGUAGUAGAAAAUUACCCCUUAUUUGCACUUAGCCAGCCUGGAUUUUAUUUUUCACACGUGUGAGGGAGAGGCUGUGAAAACAGCUAAGUAUCUUUUAUUGGUCUCCAAUGUACUAGUUCAACUCGUCAAUGAACAUUUGCAGUAAUUAUUCUAGACACGUACAGUAAAUGUGUCUUUCUGGUAUGGACAGUACAUUAAAAUUGUGUAAUGUACUUCAGAACUGUCAUUGUGUAAUUUAUCUAAGCAGUGCAUUUAUUGGACCAUCUUGGUCUCUAAACUUUUACACAUAUUUUCAAACUUGUACGCUAAUACAUGAUUAUAUGUAUGUUUAUAAUUUAUUUUUGUAUCUCAACCUGCUCUGGAAAUCAAGUGCUAAAUUGGGUUUUUCGUGACUCCUUUUUCUGGAGGACAGGAUGAUUAAUUGAAAAUUAAUCUAAGAUGGAAACAGUGGAAAAAAAUUUAUAUGUGCUAGGAAGAGCGUUCCUGGCUUCUUUUUCACAUUCAUAGCCUGCUUACCAAUAGAACAGCUUUUAAUUAAAAAAACCAAAAUAAUGAAGGAGUUUCUCAAUCUGUUCUCUUUUGACUUCAAUUUCUUGCUGAGAAGUGUUAGUGCGAACACUUAUAGCCUAAGCGUCAGGAAUUGUAUGUGUUACAGAAUGGUACAUGCUUCGUGUAGUCUGUACGUUUGCCGUGUAAGCUUUUUAUGUCAUUUGUAUUGCACUGUGAAUGUGAUUCAUAAUAAAC